AUGCCUCCCAAAGCCGCCCUCCCGGUCCCCGGCCUCACCGCCACCGAGGCCGAGAUCAAGCUCGCCUUCGCCGUCCUCAAGUUCAUGCGCCGCCCCAACACCACCCCCGUCUACGACGCCAUUGCCGUCGAGGCCGGCUCCGCCAGCGGCGACAGCGUGCGCCACGGCGUCCGCAAGGCCGCCGACAAGCACGGCUGGUUCUCCCAGGCCCCCGCCGAGGAUCCGGCCUCCGCCCCCGCCGCCACCCCGCGCCCCAAGAAAGCCGCCACCCCCCGCAAGAAGAAGAUCGCCGAGGUCGACGACGAGGACGAGGCUACUGCCGCCGGUCAGGGAGAGGACGAGGGCACUCCGAAGAAGAAGCGCGCCCGUAAGGCAAAGGGCAAGGCCGCCGCGGCCGCCACGGAGAAAGACGCCUCUGAGGGCGAGGAAGAUGACAAGAACGGUGCCGCUUCCGCUCCUACCCCUGUGUCUGAGGAGGAGUGA